AUGACAAAGCCCAAUCUACUAGAGCUCCCAGUAGGAGCUCGGCUCGCUUACCUCGCGGAAGGCGGCGCCAAUGUCAUCUAUCGAAUCCUCGCUCCAGCAGAGAUGGACUUUGAUGGAAGAAAUGACCUCCCUGCGACAGUUUCCAACUCACUACCUAGCACAAUGGGUACAUUCCAAGUGCCUGCCAAGUUUAAGGGUAAAUUGCUUCGACUCCGCAAGGAUACGAGUGCAGGCAUCUCUUAUCAGGAGAUUGCACGCAAUUUUGACAGAUGCAUUCGUCCUCUUUUCAAACCAGAAGAGCUCGUUGAUCAGGAGCUCGUUCAUCUCCCCAGAGGGCUUGUUCAAGGGUGCAAUGAACAGCUACAGGUAGCAGAGCGAAGCGGCCAGCGUCCAAAACGACGCCAAGGGGUGUACCUCUCUACGGUGGAGCCGUUUGGGCUACUCAUAACAGACAUGACUACAUUCAGCAUUCCCGGAACGACUCUCUCAGAGUUGAAACCUAAAUGGCUAAUUCAAUCCCCCUCUGCACCCCCGAACUCCCGGAGAUGUCGAACCUGCGCACUCCGCGAUAUGAAGAAUCAAAAAGCACGCAAGAAGGGAUUGGCGGAAGAACAAUCAUUUUGCCCCCUCGACCUGGUAUCUGACAGAUUCGACAAUGUCCUCCGUGCGGCCCAAUUUGUCAAGGGAUGCAAAGACCAGGCACGGCUGGCAAAGGUACUUUAUCGAAAUGGAACGCUGCAGAGGCUCCUGACACAUCAGAAAGCCUUACAGGAUGUGGGGCUUUACGGUCCACCGCCAAGUUCGCGCGAAAAGUCGCUUGCGAUGACGCUGCGAGACUGUACCAUGUUCAUAAGGAUGCCACGCGACGAUUCCGGUCGUGUGGAGAUCAGGCUGGGGGAUUUGGACCUCAAAACCGGGGCUGGCGGGAAAGCCAAGUACUGGCUGGACCUGGAGCACCAAUUGAUCGUGGAGGACUGGUACGCAGGGGCCAAGAACAACGUAUCGGAGAGCGAGUGCGCUCAGCAGAGUCCACGGGCGCAUUCACAGUCUUCGAUAUAG